AUGGAUUUGCUCUUGGCCUUUGAGGUUGUUCGGGCUUUGCUGCAAGAGUUUGGCAUAGUGCCACCUGAUGGCAUUUGCUCCUUGUUCGUCGGGGUUGAUGAGUACCAGAGCAUUCCGCCAGGGAGCCUCUACGACAAGAGAUACGACCAAAUACACGAUGCGUUUAAGAGAGCGCCAGCACAGGUCGAUAUAUCCGACCAGUUGAAGGGGAUAAUGAAGGUUUCCAAUCUUUGGAAGCUCAUCGAAAAGUUCGAUCAGUGCCGCAACAUCUCAAACUUGCAUAUUUAUCCUGCCUUUGCUGGCACAAAAUUUGGAGUGUUAAGCAUCGCUGGCUCUUCCGUGCCUGAAACAUGUCGAAGACCUCUCUCCUUUCUGACUCCUCAAGGCAUGGAGGAUGCAAUUAGGUCAGGGAACAACAAGGAAAAAUUGGUCAACGACCAGUUCCGUGAGGAGCUCUUCUUCCUGGGGGGGCUGCCUCGCCCGUCUAUUGCGUUUGCCAAUGGCGGUUCCUUCGAGGAUAUCUGGCAUCAUUAUAUCGCUUCGGAAUGGAAUAUUGAUUCCGAGGAAAUGCUUCUGUUGAUUGCCUAUGCAAUCAGCAGAGAGAAAGUGAACCCUGAGGACAAAUCGGGCAUAAGGGGUCUCAAAUGGCUGGCUGCUAAAACAGCAAGACCGACGACGCUUGUUGAAAAGUGCAUGGUUCAGAAUCUGAACUUCCUCGUUGACCAUGUUGACAAAUCUCUAUAUGUUGCAGAAGCGUGGCAGCAAUGGGAGUUAUUUGGGGCUGCUUUCUUUGCGUUGAGAGUGAACGCGAUCAUUCUUCUCGACAGCUCUGAUGGGUCCGGUAUUCCUUUCGCCCGUCUUUGCGAGCAUGCAGUAACCCAUGGAUGUGAUCAAAUUGUGGAUUUGCUCCCGAUGGAAGUGAUACAGAUAGCCGAAACAUUAUCCACAGAGCUGCCAAAAACGAUCACUUCCAAGAAAUCUCGUCAGAUCCACAACUGGGUCAAUGGGGAGGUGAGGAAGGAUACCUUGGGAGAAACUGUCACUUACUGUGUACUCAAUGGGACCAGUGGUGAAGGUGUUGAUAUCUUCUGUGCUUUACAGCGUAGCGGGACCAGCGAAUUCCUCUUUUACGCCGACGGUUGUCUUGCCUCUCAUCCUGCCGCCUCCCCAUGUAUUGACGUGAACUUGGACAACUGUUCCACUUUGAAAUUGCUAACAUCUGUGGCAACCAUUGUGGAUGAGAUUAUCGAGAACCGCCCUUUUGAAGACUUGCAGGCAUUUUCUGACUUCUGCACACAGUCUGGACGUGAACUUUCUGCCGACGACAGCUCUCGGUGCAUUGUAUUUCGCCGAUCUGCUGGAUAG